GAGCCCGGGGCGCUUGGUACGGGGCCGCCCGGCCGGGGCGCCCCGUCGGCCGCCGCUUCCUCCCGGCACGCCGCCGGCGCGCAUGAGGCCGCUGCCCCCGCCGCAGGCGCUGGCGCCCCCUUCGCCGUGCCCGUGGUGAUGCCAUGCCCCGCCACCACGCGGGAGGAGAGGAGGGCGGCGCCGCCGGGCUCUGGGUGAAGAGCGGCGCGGCGGCGGCGGCGGCGGCGGGCGGGGGGCGCCCGGGCAGCGGCAUGAAGGAUGUGGAGUCGGGCCGGGGCAGAGUGCUGCUGAACUCCGCCUCCGCCAGGGGCGACGGCCUGCUGCUGCUCGGCACCCGCGCGGCCGCUCUCGGCGGCGGCAGCGGCGGCCUGAGGGAGAGCCGCCGGGGCAAGCAGGGAGCCCGGAUGAGCCUGCUGGGGAAACCGCUCUCCUACACCAGUAGCCAGAGCUGCCGGCGCAACGUCAAGUACCGGCGGCUGCAGAACUAUCUGUACAACGUGCUGGAGAGACCCCGCGGCUGGGCGUUCGUCUACCACGCGUUCGUUUUCCUCCUUGUCUUUGGUUGCUUGAUUUUGUCAGUGUUUUCAACCAUCCCUGAGCACACAAAAUUGGCCUCAAGUUGCCUCCUGAUUUUGGAGUUCGUGAUGAUUGUCGUCUUUGGUUUGGAGUUCAUCGUGCGAAUCUGGUCUGCAGGUUGCUGUUGUCGAUAUAGAGGAUGGCAAGGAAGACUGCGCUUCGCCCGAAAACCCUUCUGUGUUAUAGAUACCAUUGUUCUUAUCGCUUCCAUCGCAGUUGUUUCUGCAAAAACUCAGGGUAACAUUUUUGCCACGUCUGCACUGAGAAGUCUCCGUUUUCUACAGAUCCUCCGCAUGGUGCGCAUGGACCGAAGGGGAGGCACUUGGAAGUUACUAGGCUCAGUGGUUUAUGCCCACAGCAAGGAAUUAAUCACAGCGUGGUACAUAGGAUUUUUGGUUCUUAUUUUUUCAUCUUUCCUUGUCUAUUUGGUGGAAAAGGAUGCCAAUAAAGAGUUUUCUACAUAUGCAGAUGCUCUCUGGUGGGGCACAAUUACAUUGACAACGAUUGGCUAUGGAGACAAAACCCCCCUAACUUGGCUGGGAAGAUUGCUUUCUGCAGGCUUUGCACUCCUUGGCAUUUCUUUCUUUGCACUUCCUGCCGGCAUUCUUGGCUCAGGCUUUGCAUUAAAAGUACAAGAACAGCACCGCCAGAAACACUUUGAGAAAAGAAGGAACCCAGCUGCCAACCUCAUUCAGUGCGUUUGGCGGAGUUAUGCAGCUGAUGAGAAAUCUGUUUCCAUUGCAACUUGGAAGCCACACUUGAAGGCCUUGCACACCUGCAGCCCCACCAAGAAAGAGCAAGGGGAAGCAUCCAGCAGUCAGAAGCUAAGUUUUAAGGAGCGAGUACGCAUGGCUAGCCCGCGGGGCCAGAGUAUUAAGAGCAGACAAGCCUCAGUAGGUGACAGGAGGUCCCCGAGCACCGACAUCACAGCCGAGGGCAGCCCCACCAAAGUGCAGAAGAGCUGGAGCUUCAACGACCGUACCCGCUUCCGGCCCUCCCUGCGCCUCAAAAGCUCUCAGCCAAAACCAGUGAUAGACGCUGACACGGCGCUUGGCACAGACGAUGUAUAUGAUGAAAAGGGAUGCCAGUGCGACGUGUCUGUGGAAGACCUCACCCCACCACUAAAAACUGUCAUUCGAGCUAUCAGAAUUAUGAAGUUUCAUGUUGCAAAACGAAAGUUUAAGGAAACAUUACGCCCAUAUGAUGUAAAAGAUGUUAUUGAACAGUAUUCUGCUGGCCAUCUGGACAUGUUGUGUAGAAUUAAGAGCCUUCAAACACGUGUUGAUCAAAUUCUUGGAAAAGGGCAAAUCACAUCAGAUAAGAAGAGCAGAGAGAAAAUAACCGCAGAACAUGAGACCACAGAUGAUCUCAGUAUGCUCGGCCGAGUAGUCAAAGUUGAAAAACAGGUUCAAUCCAUUGAGUCCAAGCUGGACUGCCUCCUGGACAUCUACCAGCAGGUCCUCCGGAAAGGUUCCGCCUCCGCCCUCACUUUGGCUUCAUUCCAGAUCCCGCCCUUUGAAUGUGAACAGACAUCUGACUAUCAGAGCCCUGUGGAUAGCAAAGACCUGUCCAGUUCGGCCCAAAACAGUGGCUGCUUAUCCAGGUCAGCUAGUGCCAACAUCUCUCGAGGCCUGCAGUUCAUUCUGACACCAAAUGAGUUCAGUGCCCAAACUUUCUACGCACUUAGCCCGACUAUGCACAGUCAAGCGCCACAGGUGGCGCUGAGUCAAAGCGAUGGCUCCACAGUGGCAGCCACCAACCACAUUGCAAACCAAAUAAAUGCAGCCCCCAAGCCAGCAGCCCCGACAACUUUACAGAUCCCCCCUCCUCUCCCAACCAUCAAGCAUCUUCCCAGGCCAGAGACCCUCCACCCGAACCCUGCAGGCUUCCAGGAAAACAUUUCCGACGUCACCACCUGCCUUGUUGCCUCCAAGGAAAAUGUUCAGGUCACACAAUCAAAUGUGACCAAGGACCGGGCUCUGAGGAAAAGCUUUGACAUGGGAGGAGAAACUCUGUUGUCUGUCCAGCCCGUGGUACCCAAGGACUUGGGCAAAUCUUUGUCUGUACAAAACCUGAUCCGGUCGACGGAGGAACUGAAUAUUCAGCUUUCAGGGAGUGAGUCAAGUGGCUCCCGAGGCAGCCAAGAUUUCUACCCCAAAUGGAGGGAGUCCAAAUUGUUCAUUACUGAUGAAGAGGCAGGUCCCGAAGAGAUGGAGACAGACACUUUUGAUGCCGUUCAGCCGCCAGCCCGGGAAACUGCUUUUGCAUCAGACUCUCUAAGGACUGGAAGAUCAAGAUCAUCUCAGAGCAUUUGUAAGGCGGGAGAAAGUACAGACGCCCUCAGCCUGCCUCCUGUCAAACUGAAAUAAGUUCUGUUUCCUUUCUAAUUUUAGCAGUUCCUUUAGCCAUACAUAUCAUUGCAUGAACUAUUUUGAAAGCCCUUCUAAAAAGUUGAAAUUGCAAGAAUCAGGAAGAACAUGACAGGCCAUGUACAAGCCCGUUAUCUUUUAAUUGCAUGAAAAUGCAUGUUUAGGGAUGGCUGAAAUUCCAAGGUACGUCAACAUUAACCCACGGUCCAGUAAAGUACCUUGAGUUUAAAAUUCUGAGAAGCCAAACUCCGCUGAUGCUCUGGGGUGUGUGAAAAUGUCAAGCUUUGGCCACUUAGAAGAUCUGACUGACUGUAUUUUUUAAUGAUGGGAGUUAACACCUUCAAAUUUUAGGCAUUUCUGCUUUGUGAUUCAAUACAAAAUACACUUUUUAAAUUAGGCCAUCAUGUACAUUUAUACACAAUGGCUCUCAUCAACAGCUGCUAACCAGGUGUAAGUCAAGCAGAAUCGGGGAAUAAUAGAAAUGGCUGCUUAUUUCAAGAUGUAUUUGCCAACCUGUUCCUAUUCAGCCAUUUUAUUAUUAAUGUCAUUUGAAUGUCAAUUUGUGUGCUUUUGGUGAUUCAAUGCUGUGGCUAGCAACUUUGCACAUCAUUUUCAUGUUGUUCUUUAGGAGAGAAUGGUCUUUGAUUAGGAUGUGUGCAAAUCAAGCAGUUCAGGGCCAGUGGGGCAACUACACAACUUGACACAUUUGACUUAAUUGGGACACCGUCCCUAACUGACUUGGGUGGUCAGCUUCUGCACGAGGGAAGUGCUGAUCAACAACGGGUGUGCGCUUCAGGGUGAUUUCUCGGGAAAAGAUCCUCUGAAGGUGAGCGAGACAACCAGGGCAACCUCGGGAAAGGAGCCCCCCCCCCAAGGCGAUCAUGCUAUCCCCUCAUGGGGGACAGUGAGGAGCAUUUCCCAUUGAACUGACAACCACAUGGGAUCCCAAGAAGCUCACACCUGAGGGAGAGUAGGACAGAAAAGGUUCAAAGAGAAUCCAGACAGGAUGUCUGGAAGUAGGUGAAGUUAAAGAUAUGGACUCCACAACCUCAAAGGGAAUGAGAAGGAGAGAAACAAACCAAAAUCAAAGAACUCAACUUUUUGGAAAAUGAAUAUUGUCGGGGGGUUCCGCUACCUAUCAUCCCUUAUUCUUAUAUAGAAGCAGAGAAUUUUGUGAGGUAUUUAUUUUUUACUAUGUCCUGAAUGUGUUUUGCUAUCAUGUAUGUAGUGCAUUUUGCAUAUGAAAGGCUAAAACGAAAUCUCCUUUACUUUUUAUACUGUAGUCCACCUUUUCUAUUCUUCCCCAAAAUGUUGCCCCAGCCCAGAAAUUAUUGGUUCCAUUUCUUGAGAUAAACAUUUGCCCGUAGAAGCCAGAUAACACCAGGUAGGACUGAGAAAUCAAAACACCAAAUAUUCUAGCGUGGUUGCAAAAAAAAAAAAAAGGGGGGGGAAACAAAAUGAAAAAUAUACAAGCAAUGCUGGCCAUCCAUGUGUUACUGUCUCAGGCUAACUGUCUCAGACAAUGCAGAACUUCAGCAAGAUAGUAGCCUAUAGAAGGCAAAGGAGCACAGCGUAUUGGUUCUGUUCAACUCUAGCCACAGAUGGACUUCAGAAAGGGAGAGAUUUUCUUGGCAGAGAGUGCUGCUUGCAGACCUUCUCCAGCAGCAAGAAGAAUGAGCUGGGAUAGCAACCAACUAUCCAAAGGAAGGAGGUUGCCAACCAACCAGCCCUUCCCUGUGCCCUCCUCUACUGCCUGUCCCCCUCUCUUCUUCUCCAUUAGCUGCUCAUGGGUCCCCUCCACUGUUUUCUCCUGAACGUCACCAGGCACUAGCGAGCCUCCUUCUCCACCUUGCCAAUCUACCGGCAGUGUGCUUCUUCACCUUUUUUAAUCUUUGUCUCUUUUGAUAGAAUUUUUCAAACUUCCUCUUCCUAUCACCCACUCUCCCCUUGGAUUCUAUUACAUUCUGCUGGAGUGCAAUGUUCAGAAUCUUCAUGGCUGCUGAAGACAUAUACAGGAACUAGAGUUUAGGUUUUACAGUUCGGUUAAAAUGCAUUUGCCAGCUUUGUAAGCUAAUUUUCAGUUUCAAAUGGUAGAGUUUUAGUAAGUUAUUAGAUGUCAUUUUUGAUGGCAUCCCUCUGUCCAAUCACCCUGCAGUUGUGAUACAUACUCCCAAAGAAGAUGCAUGUGUAAAACACACACACACACACACACACACACACACACACACACAUCCCUACCCUGACCUAAAGCCAGACACCUACCUACCAUGCAUUAGAGCAGGCUCUCUCCAAGUACCAGCCAAGGAAAAAGAAAACAGCAGCUUUCAGGUAGCACUGAUUCUUGGACGUACUCUGUCCUGGGCCAAACCCCCACUGGCAGCAGGAAUUCUGAAUGUAUUGCGGACCCCUCCAUAGGUCUCAUUAGGCCUCGAACACAGUACAAUUCAGCCAGCAUUGCGGAAAUCUGAAGAUCCAGGAGAAAAAAAAAACCUAAAUGCAUAACCAAGGUCUUAAUCAUAAACAAAGUUGAAUAAAACCUGUUGUGGGAAACUUUUAUACAGUGAAGCCAUUAUCAUUUUGAGUCAAAUUUAUUCUAGCACAAAAAUUCCUGGCUGUUGAGAGCUCAUUGUAUUGUGUGAGAACUCUAGGGUUCUCUGUGAUGUCACUCUCUGUGGUGUUGAGAGGGGUCGCCCAUUUAUACUUAGCAAAGUCCCAUUGGUCAAUUCCAAAUGGUGUCUUGAAGCACAAUUUCACUGAGCACUGAGUAGCCAUAGGCUCUCUCAGUUCAGGUUUGCCUUCUUCAAAAUGUAGGGAUAAUCAAGCUAACAAUUAUAAACAUCCCAUGUAGGAGGUUAACUAAAAAUAUUUGCUACGUCUGAUUUAAGUGUUUGCAUUUUGUUCAACUUAAAUAAAUUAACAUCUGUAGAUUACAAGUUUUGUUUAAAGUAAAACACUUGAGUUUUUAAGUCUAUUUCUUAUGUUCUAAGGUGCCUUUCUCACCUCCCAUUGGCUCACUGAUUCUGAGAGUUCUGAAUUUGCCAGUUAAAUAAUAGAGAGGAGGAAAUCAGGCACAAAAUGAUUAAUUCUUAUGCCCAUUUGCAAAGUCAAAUCAAAAGGAAUGAUGAAAUCUAGAUAAUGGAUUGUUUCAUUCACUCAGAUUGAGAAGAUUUCAUAAAUGUUAACUUAUCUCCCCAGAAGCUGGUAUUUUUUGCCUUAAAUGACAUGGCUGUGUUUUUGUAUGAGAAACUUUAAUUUAAUUAUGUGCAUUUAAAUGAGCAGUUCUAAAAGUCAUGUAUGACAAUACAAUUGUCUGUUUCCUGAAAACAAAUAAAUCAGGAAUAUUGUAUCCAUUUCAAGCUACCAUUAAAAUGUAAUUUUCUUUGCUCUCUUUUAGUAGGAAUAUUUGUUUUAAAGUGAAACAUUAAAAAGAUGUCUAUAGCUA